AAACAAAUAAAACAAUUCGAUUUACAAUUUAUUUAUAAUUAAAAUUUGUACAAUGUCGGACGAUAAUUUUAACUCUACUGCAAGUACUACUGCAAUACCGGAAGCCAUUGAUGAUUGUGAAAUUAAUUAUCCACCUUGGAAUUUUUCAUGGGUUGUUCCGGGAAAAUUAGCUGCAAUGGCAUGGCCACAAACAGUAUCAAAUUUAAAAUAUUUAAAAGAAGAUGAGGGUAUUGAUCAUUUAAUUACGCUUAGUCCAGAAAAAAUUCCACCAAUUAAAGAUUAUACAGGAUUACAUUGGACACCAUUAGCGAUUAAAGAAUUUGAGCCACCAACGAUUAAACAAAUAUUAAAAUUUAUUGAUAUUUGUCAACGAUCCGAGCUACAAAAUGAGGCAAUUGGUAUACAUUGUCGUAUGGGUCGUGGACGAACUGGUGUUAUGGCAGCAUGUUACUUAAUUCGUUUUCAAGAUUUAACACCACAACGUGCAAUGACCAAUUUACGUUUAAUGAGACCUGGAUCAAUUGAAACUCCGGAACAAGAACGAGUUGUAAUGCGAUACUAUGAUUGUCUACGUGGAGUUAAAAAUUCUGAAAUUAUUGAUGUUUAUGAGGAUGAUAUAGUGAAAUUAAUUACAAAUGAUUAA